AUCCUAAUCCUAAAUGUGAAUACCGUAGGUAAUUCCACGUAUUGCUUACGAUUCCUCUCCGCUGCAUGUGGAGUGUGAGUGUGGACACCUAGAAAUAUGUUCACAGAGUCACUGCUGCCACGACGCUGACACAUUCCAGGAGAGGAGGACUGGCCGGGCUGCCUCUCUUCUGAUAAGCAUCCUAUGGUAUUCUGUACAAGUCAAGAUGGCGGUGUCGGCAACGGAAAAGGACGCAAUAAAAACUGAAGAUGACCAUCACAACGAUUCGUUCGGGAACCCCGGGCUUAUCUCGCCGGAUAGGGAGGACAUUGCACGGCUUCUGAAGGUGCCUUUCAGCGGCCGCAUCAGAGGUGGUAUGAGGCCGGGGAAGAAGAUCAUUGUCAUGGGCAUUGUUGAUCUGGAGCCGGACAGCUUUGACGUCAGCCUGACUUGCGGCCGCGGCACAGAGAAGGAGGAGCCACAGCCGGAUGUGGCCCUGAAACUCAGCGCUCGAUUCGCCGAGCGCCAGUUUCUGCGUAACUCCUGCGUCUCGGGAAAAUGGAGCGAGGAGGAGAAGUCUAUCGACUACUUCCCCUUCAUCCCUGACCAGCCCUUCAGGAUCGAGAUCCACUGCGAGCACACGCGCUUCCGGAUAUUUGUGGACGGAAACCCGCUCUUUGACUUUUUUCACAAAGUGAAAUCUUUGCCGUCCAUCGAUACAGUGAGGAUAGAAGGGGGUCUACAGAUCACCAAGCUAGGUUAACCAACCCAGCUGCCAUGCCAGUGUGUGACACAACAAGAACUCAAUACAGGUGAACACACACACCUGUUACUACAAUACCCACAAUGCAACACUGCAGCGA